AUGUCUGGAGACAUAGAAUAUUAUCGAAAUCAAAUAGGUUCGGCGAGAUCCGAAAUAAAAAAUCUAAGGCAACAAAUAACGGCACUUAAACAUGAACACAUGAAGGAAAUCCAAUCUAUCAAAUCUACGUUAAAUGGUUUUCGUUGCGGUGAAUGUUCAAAACCAGCUGUAAAUCAUCAUAAUAAUGAACCUUCUUCUUCUGAAGAAACAGAACAUAUCUCUUAUAAACCAAUUGGAGUGAUUGAAACAAUAUUUCAAAAUAAGCGUGCAGUACCCCGCCAACCUUCAAUUUUGAGUAACUCUAGGGGAACUGUUGUCAUAGACACUAAUGUUUUUAAUAACCCAGAACAUGCAUUGAGUAGUUUGGAUGAAUUCUCACAUAUUUGGAUAAUAUUUCAUUUUCAUGCAACAGAAAGCACAAAUGUACCAGCAAAAGUGGCACCUCCUCGUCUUGGGGGUGAGCGCCGUGGUGUCUUUUCUACCAGAUCACCACAUAGACCUUGUCCUAUUGGCUUAUCUCUUGUGAAAAUUCAUAGUAUUGAAGGUAACAAAAUCCACUUUCUGGGUGUUGAUAUGGUAAAUGGCACACCAGUUCUGGACAUUAAGCCUUACAUUCCCCAGUAUGAUUAUCCACAGGUAGCGUUUGAUGAUGAUACAAUAUCUGCACUUGUUAGACCCCCAACAGAAGGAAUCAGCGAUAUUGGGGAGAUGAUAAGUAAUUUACAAGUGGAAGAAGACACAAGAAGUUUGAGUCCUCGUGUCACCAAUCCAAUUGGGAUUGAUACUGUAAGCCCUUUAUCUCGAUCACCUGUUGAUGGUGAUGGCAACGACCACAACAAUAUUUUAACACCUGCAUCUACAACACCUGAAUCACCGCCAAGCACAGAUUUACUCGACGGACCAACUUUCAGAACCGAUUCUCCGAUCAGAAGGCCAGACACUGAACGUGGAGCCCCCGAUGGACAAGAAAGGUUCACUCCACCUCAAUCAGCUCAUUUGGUGAAUUUAGUUCACGAUGGAAUAAGAGUAGCCCCUUGGAUUUCCAACCCACCUUCUCAGUCAUACAACGUAAGAUUUACAGAAGAUGCUUUGGCAAGGUUAAAUGAUUUGAUUGGGAGCAGAGCGCAAGCCUUUAAAGCAAACAUUGAAACACUGCUUUCUGAAGACCCUAGGUCAAAUUACGUGAGAAGUCGGUAUCCAGAUCAUGAGUACAACUGUGUUUUAGAAGAUUUAUCUAUAAGUUGUGUUUUUGACACUAACUCAUCUGUGUGCACAAUUGUGGCAGUAAGAAGUGCAGAGGAUUUGCAAAAUUAG